UCGCAUGAUUAUCAUCACUGCUGAAGUGCUGAAUGUGAAUGACAACUGGGUGCUAGAAAGAAAUCGAAAAAACCCUAUCUCGCUAGUUUUGUCGGUGCAUAGGAAAGUUGUAUGAAAUACGAAUAACAGGAAGCCAAUAAUAAUCUAAUUAAUAAAGUCUUCAACCUUAGUGAAGUGGUGACAAAAAAUAUAAAGUUUUACCGUGGAAAACAACAAUCAUGUUGCUCAAUUUCGCUAGGAAGCACUUUUCCUUACUAACGGUGCUUUGCGUAGCCGCAGUAUUUAUCAGUUUGGUUCCGGCUAGCGGAAGCGCAGAAAAAGAGAUACCAAUCACCAAGUUUAGUCAAAAUGUCGGUGGAUACGGGGCGACUAUGACUUUCCUAUACUGUUAUUCCUGUGGUUAUCGAAAAGCCUUCGACGAGUAUUACAACAUCAUUCACGAAAAAUAUCCGGAAAUAACUAUUCGCGGAGGCAAUUAUGAGCCGCACGGUUUCUACAUGUACUUUUCCAAAAUAUUGCUUGUCACCAAACUACUGGUUAUAAUCACCCUAAUUUCUAACUUUGAUCUGUUCGGAUUCCUCAAACGACCGAUGCCAUCGUGGUGGCGUUGGUGCACGGAAAACAAGUUGUACGCUUGUAUGAUGAUCUUUUUCCUUGGUAACAUGAUAGAAGCGCAACUUAUGUCGUCUGGAGCUUUCGAGAUUUCACUAAAUGAUGUUCCUGUGUGGUCAAAGCUAGAAACUGGCAGAAUUCCAGCCCCUCAAGAGCUGUUCCAAAUUAUAGACAGUCAUCUGCAGUUCUCUGAUAAAAUAGAACAGAACCCAGAUUUCGUGAAGUAAUCCCUAUACAGCAUUAGUGUCAAUAGUGUAUUACCUUGCAACGAGAGUGCAGCAAUCGUUCAAGCUCAACUAUACUCAUUUAGUCACGACGACUCAUCGAGGCAAAAUCCUAUAACUAUGUAUGAAGAACUGGUAGAUAACAUGUUCCUCUAGAAACUAUCUGAACAUUGAAUUUUUUUCAAUGAAAACUUUGUCAUUGCAAUGUUUAGUAAAUUUAUAGAGUAGCAUAUUUUCACACAAAACUAUUUAAGAUUUUACUUCUCGAAUCCGCCAUUGAGCCAAAACGGUUGCUACAAGCUUGCCUUGCAAUUUUGCAGCUAUUUCCCUGUUGCAUUGUUUUAUUUUCUAAAGACUAUUGUAAAUUGUUUGAAUGCUUGAAUAGAAAUGUUUUUGUUUUUCCAUACUGUGGCAAAUGGUUCACCUUUCUACAUCAUACAUAUUUGGGUAAAGUAUAGGAAUACAAUUCUUGUGAAGGUGAUGAAACCGCGCUGAGGUGUAAAAUUAGAUACAAUUGAUAAUACAAAGAUUGUCAUAAA